AUGUUCAACGAGCAGUUCCCCGAGCGGACUUUCCUGAAGGGGAGCGACCGCCCGGUCGGAUCGCAGAGCGUGCCGCUGUACAACGUGGAGGGGACGGCGGGCCUCGUUCCGCUAUUUCUGGACAAGGCGUCCCGGCAGCCGGUGGAUUACAUCCACAUUCCGAAUCUGCCGAAGUGCGACGGGGCGAUUUAUGUCGUAGGCGACAGCAUGUAUCCGUUGCUCAAAAGCGGCGAUAUCGUGCUGUACAAGCAGUUGAACGACAUCAACGACAUUUUCUGGGGCGAUAUGUACCUGCUUUCGAUCGACAUCGACGGCGAGGAGUACAUUACGGUCAAAUAUAUCCAGAAGUCCGACAAGGAGGGAAUCCCGUGCGCUGGCUUUCGUGAAAGCCAGCAUACGGAUGAACUCGAUCCGGACCCUUAUCACGGCGUCGGGCAGGCCAACGGCCUGUGUUUCUCUGUAAACGACGGGGUGCAGUUUCCGCCGUCGCUGGUCAAUAUUUUCCAGGAGGUGAACGCCGAUACGGGGACUCCGGUUCCGCAGAGCGGCAACCUCGACCGUUGGGCCGAACAGGGUGUGUUGCUGUUGAACGCCGUGUUGACGGUGCGCGCCACGAGGGCGACUUCGCAUGCCGGAAAAGGGUGGGAGCAGUUUACCGAUGCCGUCGUACAGGCUAUCGCGCGGCAAAAACAGGGGAUUGUCUACAUGCUGUGGGGGUCUUACGCCCAGCGUAAGGCGUCGAUGGUCGAUCCGCAGCGGAAUUGUAUCCUGAAGACCGUGCAUCCGUCCCCGCUGUCGGCUUACCGGGGCUUUUUCGGGUGCCGUCAUUUCAGUCAGGCGAAUCAAUACCUGCAAAGUAUCGAAGGACACCGAUCCGCUGGUAGCGGGUACGAACGAAUUAAUUCAUAA